GACUCCUCAUGUUGGGUCUAGUCACGUGUUUUCCUCGCUUCUGAUUGGCUGCGGCUUUGACGAUUCGUUGUUUCGGUUGUCCCCCAUCACUUUUCUCCCGAGAUCGACCCCCCCCCCAUCCAUCAAGGCCCAGUUCUACAUCAUCAACCCGCACCCCCCACGCACUCUCCCCUCCGUACACAUAGCCGCCGCCGCCAUGUUCUCUGCCCGCUCCGUCGCCUCCGUUGCCCGCACCGGUGCCCGCACCUUCGCUGCCGCCGCCCCGGGUAAGUCGAUGAAGCCUCCGGUCGCCCUCUUCGGCGUUGACGGAACCUACGCAUCGGCCCUUUACACUGCCUCCGCUAAGACCUCGAGCCUCGAUGCUACCCACAAGGCGCUCACGUCCCUUAAGGGUGUCCUCGCCAAGGACCCCAAGCUCGUCCGCAUCCUCGCCUCGCCUACCCUCAAGACCGACGAUAAGAAGCUGGUCAUCGCCGAGGUCAUGAAGGCUGCUGGUCAGGACAAGUCGAUCAAGAACCUCCUCGAGGUUCUGGCCGAGAACAACCGUCUCGGACUCGUUGGCGGUAUCGUCGAGAAGUUCGAUGUCCUGAUGGGUGCUCACCGCGGUGAGAUCGAGGCCAUCAUCACUUCCGCUACUCAAUUGGAUGCGAAGACCGUGAGCAAGUUGGAGGCCGCCAUCUCCAAAUCGCCGCUCAUCGGAGCUGGCAAGAAGCUGAAGACCACCAACAAGGUUGAUCCCUCCAUCAUCGGAGGCCUUGUUGUCGAGGUUGGUGACCGGACCAUCGAUCUGUCCAUCUCCUCCAAGGUCGCCAAACUCAAUAAGAUGUUGACCGACGCUUUGUAAAUGCUCAACCUCGUUGCCCGAUUUCUUUUUGUGCGAUGGGAGGUAGUCAAUCGGCGGUUUUGUCGCAGCGGGACGGAUGGAUCGGAUCAGGGGGUGAUGUCAUUAUAGACUGUCAAUAGUUUCUAGCACGGCGGACGUGUACGGCCUUGAA